GGUACGGACAACCUGUUUCGACGGCUACUGCCGGGAGUACCGACGGUCAGUCUCUGUGGAGAAGGGCCUUCACCGAGGUCUCUUCGGAAGAGCAGACACUGCUUGCAGGUAUCGACGUCGCGAUGGACACCCGCCAGGUUGUGUCCGACGUGGAAGACCUAAUCGAAGGAGUCAUGAAAACGCAUAAACGAAAGGACUGGAAGAUGCUACUCGAUGGCGAGCAACUGGUGAUGAGAUAUAUCGCGAUGAAAAUCCUACGAUGGGCAGACAGGUUCAAGCAGAUAGCCGAUAUGAUGAUGCAAUACGAUUCGCGGCAUCCGACGCUACCAUGGGGGGGGGGGUUUCGUUUUCUUCUGCAGAUCUGUUUGGACAGGCUGGGAACAUUGGAUGCGAUACUACUUGGAAUUGAGAAGAUUGCCGGCAUCGUAGAUCGCUGCGCUGUGCUCGAACAUCUGCACCUCGGUGACGCAACGGCGGCUUCCAAAAAUCUGGAGAAAUCCAUAUCGCGGCUUUACACAGCAAUCUUGAGGUUCUUCGCGAAAGCCAUACAGAGAUCGAAAGAUAACCCCAUCGACGCGGUAUACACAACGGGAAAGAUUUCAAGGAGGUAGCGGAAUUGGAGAAAACGGUUGGUUAUUAGGCUGAUACCGCCGAAAAUCAAUCUACACGGACGGGAUCGCAGGCGAUUCAGACGCACCUGGACAGUAUCGGGGCUGCAAAUGCAAGUUUUCAGCCUCUGAU